CCUCACGCGCCGUGAGGAGGUAGCGCUAUUGAGUUGUUAUGGGCCGGAGGAGAGCGCAGGGUAGCGGGUCUCUGGGCCGGGUACUUAUCCGGCAUCAGACUCAGCGAAACCGCAGCCACCGUCAUACUGACUCCUGGCUGCACACGAGUGAACUCAACGAUGGCUAUGACUGGGGCCGUCUCAAUCUUCAGUCGGUGACGGAACAGAGCUCCCUUGACGACUUCCUCGCCACUGCAGAGCUCGCAGGGACUGAGUUCGUAGCUGAGAAGCUUAAUAUCAAGUUUGUGCUCCCUGAGGCUAGAACUGGACUGCUGUCUUUUGAGGAGAGCCAGAGAAUUAAGAAACUCCAUGAAGAAAACAGACAGUUCUUGUGUAUACCGAGGAGACCAAAUUGGGACAGAAAAACUAGCCCAGAAGAACUGAAACAGGCAGAGAAAGAUAACUUCCUAAAAUGGAGACGCCAGCUUGUUCGGCUAGAAGAGGAACAAAAGUUGAUAUUGACUCCCUUUGAACGAAACUUGGACUUCUGGCGCCAGCUCUGGAGGGUCAUUGAGAGAAGUGAUAUUGUGGUCCAGAUAGUAGAUGCUCGAAACCCACUCCUGUUUAGAUGUGAGGAUUUGGAAUGUUAUGUGAAGGAGAUAGAUACCGCUAAGGAGAAUGUUAUCCUGAUAAACAAGGCAGACUUGCUGACUGCUGAACAGCGCCUUGCCUGGGCCUCACACUUUGAAAAAGAAGGUGUGAAAGUUAUUUUCUGGUCAGCUUUGGGAGAAACCCUUCACUCUAAGGACCAAGAAAACAGUGUUGCUGAAGAAGCCAAUAGAACAGAGUCUGAAAAUUCCAGUUCAGAUGAGAAUGAACUUCCACGCAGAGAUUGGCUCUCGCUUGGUGAGGAGUCCGCAAGUGACGAGGAUGACAGUGAGUAUGAGGACUGUCGGGAGGAGGAGGAGGACUGGCAGACGUGCUCAGAAGACAGCAGCCCUGAGGAGGAGGAGGAAGACGAGGAGAGCUGUGCUCAGGACUGGAAAGAACACUGUCCUGUCGAUUCUGAGGCUCAGAACAGGAAAAAAACAGAAAACGAGCAAAUGAACAAUUGUAGCCAGCUGGUGUCAAAGCAGGAACUUCUGGAGCUCUUUAAGAAGCUGCACACGGGGAAGAAGGUGAAGGAUGGACAGCUAACUGUUGGGCUGGUGGGCUAUCCUAAUGUUGGGAAGAGCUCAACCAUCAACACUAUCAUGGGCAACAAGAAAGUGUCUGUGUCUGCCACGCCUGGCCACACCAAGCAUUUCCAGACUCUGUAUGUGGAGCCUGGCCUCUGCCUGUGUGACUGCCCGGGCCUGGUGAUGCCGUCCUUUGUGUCUACCAAAGCAGAGAUGAUUUGCAAUGGGAUUCUCCCAAUUGACCAGAUGAGAGAUCACGUUCCACCCGUAUCACUAGUUUGCCAGAAUAUCCCGCGACGUGUUUUGGAAGCUACCUAUGGUAUUAACAUUAUAAAGCCUAGAGAAGAUGAAGACCCCUGCCGACCUCCAACCUCAGAAGAGCUGCUGACAGCUUAUGGAUGCAUGCGAGGAUUCAUGACAGCACAUGGACAACCAGACCAGCCUCGAUCUGCACGUUACAUCCUAAAGGACUACGUCAGAGGAAAGCUGCUGUACUGCCACCCUCCUCCUGGGAGAGACCCUGUGACCUUCCAGCAUCAGCACCAGCAGCUCCUGGAGAACAAAGCGAAGGGUGAAGAAGUACGGCAGCCGCCGGGCAGAAACCAGAGAGCUAAACAGAUUGAAAAUGUAGUCGACAAAACCUUUUUCCAUCAGGAGAAUGUCAGAGCCCUGACCAGAGGGGUCCAGGCUGUGAUGGGCUACAAACCUGGGAGUGGCCCGCUGACCACAGCUGCCAUGAGUGCUGAGAAUGUGGCUGGGAAGCCCUGGAAAAAACAUGGCAACAGAAAUAAAAAAGAGAAAAGUCGUAGGCUCUACAAGCACCUGGAUAUGUGAAUUGGCUCUACAGAAAUGGCAUCUGCACUGUGCAGGUUGACAAGGACGAGAGCCACUGCUUCACGUGAGUGUCUGGGCUUUCCAGACACUGGCACUGUGGAUUGCACCGGAAGUCUUGACAACUGACAGCCUUUGGAAGCACCGACUGUGGCUGUAGUAGUCACUGAGGUGCCCCCAGAAGCCUUCAGAAAACUGUGUGUAAACAUGCAUAUAAAUGCAUGUUAACUUUGAUUUUGAAAUGUUAUUAAAAUUAAUUUUCCACUAA